UCAUAGACUUGUCAUACGGUUUGUUCUAUUUUUUGCUGCGGUAAUGAGCAUACCUUACGGUCAUGGCCAUGAUUGUUAAAUGAACAUGCUGCAACUAAUUGUGCAGCCCAGACCAUCGCGGUCCAUCGGUUCAACUCAAUCAUUUGUCGCAACACCGAGUCGUCCUGCACCAGAAGCAGUGCCUGCUGCAACUGAGACCAUGAAAAAACGGAGCUCAAAACUAUUCGGCAUAGCAUUUGGUGGGUCGAAACCAGCACCACAAAGCUCUGUUCCGCCCCAUCCAAAUCCUCCAGUCUUGCAGGCGAAUCCUCCUGGUCCACAGGUUCAUCCUCCCAGUCCACAGGGUCAUACUUCCAGCCCACAGGGCCAUCCCGACUCACAAGUGCACCCUUCUGAACAAGGGCAAAGAGGCACAUCGGACCAAAUGUCAUCUGGAGCAUUCAUCAGGGGAAAGCCAAUAACGGAUUCUUUCCAGGACACUCAGGAGAGAGGAUCGUCUCUGCCGGACUACGACGUGUCAAAGCCGCCUCCGGCACCCGCUCGCUACCACCGUCAAUGCAGUAUCGACAUUACAUCAUUCAGACGUGAUGUAAUUCCUCCUCCUAAAGACAUGCCUGCGGUUCCAGUUGAGCUGGUGGCCAAUCUUCCCAAUGUCACGGAGAGGAAUCCGAUGGGUGUGUUUCCGUCCUCUGCACAUCCACUGGAAGGGACGAAACAGAGAGCAAAAAGGGACCUGAAGUCACCUGAGUCUCGACCUGAGGACUUCAGAAGGCCAGAGGGAGACGCUCCUGCAUUUGAGCAGCACAAGGAGGAGAGGGAUGAGAGGUCACGACGGGAGGCAGCAACAAUGAGACCCACGCCAAGCCAGCAAGCUCCCCGGGACUUGACACAGAUCCGACAAGACCUUUAUGGAACUGGGGCAUCCAUGGAGGAGGAGGAGGAGGAGGAGGAGAGGGAGAGGAUGGAGAGGUCACAACAACAGGCAGCAACAAGGGAGCCGAAGUCGAGCAAUUAUCAACCUGAGGACUUCAGAAGGACGGAGAGAGACCCUCGUGGAUUUCAGAACAUUAGGGAGGUGGAGAGUUUUGAGAAGCGUCAACCGCAAGCAGCAGCAACAAGGGAGCGCAAGCCGAGCAUGCAUCAGUACGAGGACAUAAGUCCGGUGGAGGGGGACCCUCGUGGAUCUGACCAGCACAGGGAGGAGGACAGGGUUUGGAGGUCCAAUCAACCGGCAGCAGUCAGGGAACACAAACCAAGAAAGCAUUACGAUGAGGAGGAAUUCAAACGGACAGAGGAGGGGGGCCCGCAUGGAUUUGAUCAACAAUGGGAGGAGGAUAUGUUUGAGAGGUCCAAACGACAGGCACCAGAAAGGGAGCAAAAUCCAAGGAGGUCUCAAGAUGAGGAAUUGAGAAGGAGAGAGGAGGGCCCUCAUGGAUUUCAGCAAUGCAGGGAGGCCAAGAGACUUCAGAGGCCGCAACAACAGGCAGCAACAAGGGAAUCCGAGCGCAGCAACCAUCCACCUAGGGACUUUGUACACAUGGAGGAAUAUGAACCUCGGGACCUCAGAAGGAGGGAGGGAGACCGUGGUGAGUUUGAGCAGCCGAGGGACGAGAGGUUUGAGACGUCACAACAACAGGCAGCAACGAGGGAACGCAAGUUGAGCUUGCAUCAGCCUGACGACUCACGAUGGGAGGGAGAGACUCGUACACGUCAGCAGCACAUGGAGGAGAAGAGGCCUGAGAGGUUAAAACAGCAUCCAGGAAGAAGGGCAUCCGAUUACGAGUAUCAGAAUGAGGGCAGCGAAGGGAGGGAGGGACGCCCUCGUGGAUUCGCAGAGGGGAGGGGGGAAGAGACAUUUGAGAGUUCACAGCAACAGGCAGCAAGAAUGAAAGCUAAGUCGCCACAGUGUCAACCUGGGCCUCGUGGAUUUGAGCAGCACAGGGAGGAGGAGAGGGUCGAGGGAAGGGAGGGAAGGCGUCGUGGAUCUGCAAAGGAGUGGGAAGAAGAGCCUUUUGAGAGGUCACAGCAACAGGCAGCGAGAGAGAAAGGUAAGUCGCCGAAGUAUCGAUCUACGGACUCAAGAUGGAUGGAGGACGAGCCUCAUGGAUUUGAGCAGAAGAGGGAGGAGGAGAGGGUCGAGGGAAGGGAGAGAAGCCGUCGUGGAUCUGCAAAGGAGUGGGAAGAAGAGCCUUUUGAGAGGUCACAGCAACAGGCAGCGAGAAUAAAAGGUAAGUCGCCGAAGUUUCGAUCUACGGACUCAAUAUGGAUGGAGGACGAGCCUGAUGGAUUUGAGCAGAACAGGGAGGAGGAGAGGGUCGAGUGCUCGCAGCAACACACAGCAACAAGGGAACGCAAAUCAUCAAGUAUGCAUCAACCUGAGGACUCAGGAUGGAAUGGAGACACUUGUGCACGUGAGCAGCACAUGGAGGGGAAGAGGCCUGAGAGGUCGAAACAACAAGAAGCAAGAAGUGGGUCUGAUCCCAACAAGUAUCAGCAUGAGGACAUUGGGGGAAGGGAGGGAAUCUCUCGUAGAUCUGCAAAGGAGUGGGAAGAAGAGCCUUUUGAGAGGUCACAUGAACAGGCAGCGAGAGUGAGAGCUAUGUCGCCAAAGUAUCGAUCUACGGACUCAAGAUGGAUGGAGGACGAGCCUCAUGGAUUUGAGCAGAACAGGGACGAGGAGAGGGUCGAGCACUCGCAGCAACACACAGCAACAAGGGAACGCAAAUCAUCAAGUAUGCAUCAACCUGAGGACUCAACAUGGAAGGGAGAUACUCGUGCGCAUGAGCAGCACAUGGAGGGGAAGAGGCCUGGGAAGUCAAAACAACAGGCAGCAAGAAGUGGGUUCGAUUCCAACAGGUAUCGCCAUGAGGACAUCGGAAGAAGGGAGGUAGACCCCCAUGGAAUUGCGAAGGAGAUGGAAGAAGGGACACCUGAGACUUUACAGCAACAGGCGGCAAUAAUGGAACCUAAGUCGCCGACGUGUCAACCUACGGUACUGGAAGAAGAGACGUCUGAGAGUUCACAGCAACAGGCGGCAAGGGUUGGGGAAGGCCCUCGUGGAUUUGAGCAGCACAGCGAGGAGGAGAGUGUCAACAUAGCACAGCAACAGGCAACAACAAAGGAUCCCGGGUACGCCAAAUACCAGCCUGAGCAGCACAGGCGGGAGGAGAGUGUUGAGAGGUCACAGCGAAUGCAAGAACGACAACAACAAAAUGGUACUGGAACUGAUCCUCCUGGCAUGGAGCAGCAGCAUCAAGACAAAGGUAGUCAGGAGAAGACGGAAAGCAGGGUGAAUAAAAGCAUGGAUGAUGAUGAAACAAGACAAGCAGCUUCAACAGAGAGGGAGCGGAGGAGACAGAAAAAAACGGUCGGUAGCAAAGAGGAUGAGUCAAGUGAUGACCAUUUCAUGGAUUACGCUGCCGGAAAAGCUGCGGUUGCCGCUGCGGCAAAAGCUGCUGUUGCUGCGGCAGAGUGUGCCGCUAAUGCUGCACGGGCGGCGGCAGAGUUAGCCAUCAAGUUGGGUGAGCAAACCACACAGGGGCCAUCAACAGAUGGGAGAGGCGCUGAGCAACAGGUGGUUUAUGAGGAGGCAAAGGAGAUUACCACUAAGACGGAUACCAUGAGGUCGGCAGAUCAGCCGAGUUUGGAUGCAAGGGAUUACAUCAACGUCGAGGAGGCUAAUGGCGUAAGCGAAAGGAGGACCAACGUUGCCAAGCGCGUGGAACAAAUAGAGAAGAAUGUGGUCCUGAUGGAUCUAGGCGAUGGCAAAUCCGACGUCGACAAGGGAACGAGCUCCAGUCCUGCGCAGGCAGCUGAUCAAGGCCAGCACCCUGGAAACGACCUGCAAGAUGGGCAGCUGGUCUCGAGGCGAGCUCGUCAGGAGGCAAGAUCAGGUGAGCACACAUCUGGUAGAGGUCGUUGGCAUGAGAAUCAGCUGGGUGACAACGUGGUGGAUCUAGGUGAUCACAAAGUCGGCGUCAACAAGGGAACAAGCUCAAGUCUUGCGUCGGCAGCUGAUGGAAGCCGGCAACCUGGAAACGACCUGCAAGACGAGCAGCUUCUCUCGAGGCAAGCCGGUCAUGGGACAAGAUCAGGCGAGCACGCGUCUGGUCAAGGGCGUUGGCAUGAGAAUCGGCUGGGUGACAACGGGCAGAUCUCCGGGCAAGCUGGUUGGCAGGCAAGAUCAGGCGACCGAAGAGCCGAAGACCCAAAAGGCCAGGAUAAUAGAACAGGGAGAGGCACCGUUCCUGCGUCGCAGAACCCAAUGAGAAGCAAUGAGUUGGAAAUACCCAAGGCUGUUGAGCAGGAUGGAGGUUCAGCACCAGUUGACGAGAGGUACCCUCCGCAUCAUCCUGUACCUGAGCAUCUCUCUCGUUCAGCAUCAGUUGACGAGAGGUAUCCUGCGCAUCAUCCUGUACCUGAGCAUCUCUCUGGCAAGGCCAUUUUGCAUCCGUCCUCAGAGCAGACCUUGCAAGCUGGUAUUAAAACACACGACCAUCCUAUGUCUUCCUCAGCCAUCCGGUCUGCAAGUCCACGUAGAGAAGGUCGAGAACGUGUUGUCAGUGUGUCGGUGCGAACAAGGCAUGCCUCACCCCUUUCAGGUUGCCGAUCCCCGAAAGCAGCCGAUGAAAGCACUGAUCACGGUGUACAAACACCCGGAGAUAAUCGAGGAAAGCAUGCUGCAGGAUCACAACGACCAUUUAAUCAAGAAGAGCAGAAGGACGAGAUGCAGCAGUUCACCGACACUGGAAAGAAGGACAUCACAGAAGAGGCGCAGCAGCCAACCGAUCCUCCAGAGGACACCAAGGAGACUCGGCAUCCCGCAGAUCUGCCCAAGGACAUCGCAGGGAGGCAAACGCAAAAUUUUGUGGUGACGUCCACAUGGGAUGUGCGAACAGGAACCCAUGAAAGCAUCAAUCUUGUUUUGCCCCCCUGUCACCCAGAAAAGCGCAUCCUCCCAGGAAUGCCGCCACUUUUCUAUCCGGGAAAGCCGGAGAAAGCAGGGGCUCAAAAAUCAAAAAAGGAUGAACAACAGACAGAUCUGCAAAAAGACAUCAAAGGGACAGUGGAAAAUUUUGUGGUGACGUCCACAUGGGAUGUGCGAACAGGAACCCAUGAAAGCAUCAAUCUUGUUUUGCCCCCCUGUCGCCCAGAAAAGCGCAUCCUCCCAGGAAGGCAACCGCCACUUUCCUAUCCGGGAAAGCCGGAGAAAGCAGGGGCUCAAAAGUCAAAAAAGGAUGAACAACAGACAGAUCUGCAAAAAGACAUCAAAGGGACAGUGGAAAAUUUUGUGGUGACGUCAGCCUGGGAUACGCGAACAGGAACCUACGAAAGCAUCAACCUCGUUUUGCCAAUCUGCGGCCGGGGAAAGUACAUUGCCGGAAGGCAAACACUAAGUGACCAAGGAAAGGAGGAAACAGAUCCUCAAAAUUCAUUGGAAUACGGAAAGGACCCCGCAGAGAUGCAACGACACCCAAGUAGUCAAGAAGAGCAGCACGCAGAGGCUCGACAGUCAGCAGAGGAAGAAAAGGACCCUCCAGGGAUGCAACAGCCAAUCUUUGUGGCAAACCCGGUCUGUGACGACCUAACGGGAUCUUCUUAUGAAAGAACGAACGUUAUUCCAGGAAUGACUGCCUAUGAUCCAGGGCAGUACGCGGCGAAUAUACAACUACGAAUUGGUGAAGGAAAGAAGAAGGCAGAGACGGGGGAGCAGUCGAGCGAUGCAGGACAGGACGUAGCAGAGGGACAACAAUCAAACGUUGCGGUGACCGCAACCCACGAGUCCCUAACAGAUUCUCAUAUUAAUGAUAGUACGACUACCUUUACAGGGUCGUAUGGUGAUGUGAGAGCGAUUUCAGCAAUGUCCACCCGUGUGCUAAGAACUUACCCGGGUGACCACAACCCGUGUGCACAUAUCCAGGAGGCAUUACCUGAUCGAGUAAAGAAAAACAUGGAGGCGCAACUGCAAACCGAUCCCAUCCAGCACAGCAAUUUCCGGGCGACCUCGAACUGGGACAGCGAUGAGGAGGACGAGGAUGAUUGAUGGUGCCGAAGGUGCCUGACGCAAAGGAAAACGACGGUGAGAACACAACGAAAGGAUUUUGGUUGACGGGUGACUUGCUGUCUCCUUCCACCCAACCUGUUAUUAUUAAUAAGCUGGACCGAUUGAUCAAUGGUUGUGACAUCCACAUGUGAACGGGACAAACGAUUGCGACUGAAAUGGAUACGAGUACAGAUGGGGAUAACAAUCACAAGUGUAAGCAGCUGAUGCGUCCCAACGAUUGGAUUCGGAUUUUGGAUUUCCACUCGGAUUUAAUCGAAUGAUUAAGUGUCCCAACUUA